UCAGAAAGAAAGUGCGCGCGGCGCGGGUAAAAGUAAGAGCGUGCGGCCGGCUGCAGAGCUGUGGCGGUGCAGUGUACUGAAGAGUUGACCUCCAGGAACCUCCAAGCAUCUCCCCAGGAGGAAUACGCAGCGGACGUUGACGUCAGACGUGUGUUCCAGCGGGGUGUGAGACGAGGGGUCGGCCCGCCGCCAUGACGCAGCUGGCGAGGACCUGACGCAGCUGGCGAGGACCUGACGCAGCCGCGAUGCCCGCGGCGCUGGGCGUGGUCACGGCGGCGCUGAAGACCGCCACGGGCAUCCUCGGCUUCAAGCUGUGGUUCCUGCCCACGCUGCUCGCCACGCUCGCCUACUACAACUACGACCUGUUCGACCCGGAGAGCCGCGUGGCGAGCGUGAAGGCGCUGCGGGCCGAGUACGACUUCGUGGUGGUGGGCGGCGGCUCGGCGGGCUCCGUGCUGGCCCACCGGCUGUCCGAGGUGCCCGACUGGAGCGUGCUGCUGCUGGAGGCGGGCGGCGACGAGCCGGAGAUCGCCGACGUGCCCAUCCUGUCGCUGUACCUGCACAAGAGCCGCCUGGACUGGGGGUACCGCACGCAGCCGCAGCCCUCGGCGUGCCAGGCCAUGGAGGACCAGCGCUGCGCCUGGACCCGCGGCAAGGUGCUGGGCGGCUCCAGCGUGCUCAACACCAUGCUCUACAUCCGCGGCAACCGCCGCGACUUCGACCAGUGGGCGAGCCUCGGCAACCCGGGCUGGGGCUACGAGGACGUGCUGCCCUACUUCAAGAAGUCGCAGGACCAGCGCAACCCGUACCUCGCGCGCAGCGGCCGCUACCACGGCACCGGGGGGUUGCUCACGGUGCAGGACGCGCCCUGGGUGUCCCCGCUGGGCCCCGCCUUCAUCCAGGCCGGCGUGGAGAUGGGCUACGACCACGUGGACGUGAACGGCGAGAACCAGACCGGGUUCGCCUUCUUCCAGUACACGAUGCGGCGCGGCUCUCGCUGCAGCACCGCCAAGGCGUUCCUGAGGCCCGCGCGUCUGCGCAGGAACCUCGACGUGGCGCUGCUGUCGCACGUGACCAAGGUGCUGAUCGACCCGGCCACGAGGCGCGCCUACGGGGUGGAGCUCGUCAGGGACCGCCGCAAGCACACGGUGCUGGCGAGGAAGGAGGUGAUCCUGUCGGCGGGCACCAUCAACACCCCGCAGCUGCUCAUGCUGUCCGGCGUCGGCCCGGCGGCGCACCUCCGGGAGGUGGGCAUCCCCGUGGUGCAGGACAGUCCCGGGGUGGGGCAGAACCUCAUGGACCACAUCGCCGCCGGCGGGGUCGCCUUCCUCGUCGACCCGCCCGUCUCGCUGGUCGUGGACCGCGUCAUGAACCUCAACACGGCGCUCAAGUACGCCUACGAGGGCUCCGGCCCGCUCACGUCCAGCGUGGGCAUCGAGGUGGUCGCCUUCGUCAAGACCAAGUACGCCAACGCCUCCGACGACUGGCCCGACAUGGAGUUCAUGAUGUGCGCCUCGUCGACCACCUCGGACGCCAAGCAGGUGCGCCGCGCGCACGGUCUCACGCAGCAGUUCUACGACGACGUGUUCGGCAACAUCACGGGCCGCGAGGUGUUCGGCAUCUUCCCGAUGAUCCUGCGGCCCAAGAGCCGCGGCUACCUGAAGCUGCGCAGCAAGGACCCCAUGGAGUACCCGCUCAUCUACCCCAACUACCUCACGCACCCGGACGACGUGGCGGUGAUGCGGGAGGGCGUCAAGACGGCGCUGGCGGUGGGCGAGACGACGGCGAUGCGGCGCUUCGGGACGCGCUUCCACCGCGCGAAGCUGCCCAACUGCCGCCACCUGCCCGACUUCACGGACGAGUACUGGGAGUGCUUCGUGCGCCAGUACACGCUCACCAUCUACCACAUGUCUGGCUCGGCCAAGAUGGGCCCCGCCGGCGACCCGCGCGCCGUGGUGGACCCCGAGCUGCGCGUGCACGGAGUCCAGGGGCUGCGCGUCGUGGACGCCAGCAUCAUGCCCGCCAUCACCAGCGGCAACAUCAACGCGCCGGUCAUCAUGAUCGCCGAGAAGGGCGCCGACAUGGUGAAGGCGGCGUGGCUGAGCCCGCGACGCGCUGCGACCAGCUGACAAGCCACACGUCACUCUGCUCUCGUGUUCCGCGAGCAAUCAACACCCCACAGACACGCUGUUGGAAUGUUUCAGGAAUACCGACAUUUCCUAGAUUCAUACCAAAAAUUUGGUGCUUUUUAGGAGAGUUUUAUCCCCAAAUCUCUCUCCAAUGAAGAGUAAGGUCUUUAUCAUAAUUUAUGAAGUGCGUUGCUUCUGUUACCAGUGACUGCGAAAUUAGUAAAAAAAACGCUUUCGUAAGAAGUGUUUUCGUAUGUACAGUUUACUUCGCGUGUACAUAAAGACCACUUGUUUCAAUUUUUAGUUAAUGUGUACAAAUGUGAACGUUGUUUGACUCAAGAUUAUCUGGUUUACUACCUCAGCAUGUCAUUAUUUUUUCAUUAAUUCUGGUCGUGCUUAUUUAUCGUCACAUAUACAUCAAAUGCGAAGUAGCAAACAAUCAAAAUCGUAUUCCGGUAUUUCAGUUAGUCGAUCACUACUAAUGUCGAAUUCAAUUAAUAAGUUUCAACUGUGUUUAUUGAGUCUUUGCAAAAUCACUGUGAAUCAAAUGUGCAGUGAAGGAAAUUUUAUGGCAUGUACUAAUCAAACAUUUUGUAUUUAUAAAUACAUUUCAUUUCAGUUUUUUUAAUAUGUAUAAAACCACUUUAGAAUUUAAUUAGUGCUUUUACUUCCAGAUAAAAACCUUUUUUUAGUGCAAUGCAAGGGAAAUGACAAACACCAAGGGCAUUGCAAACGAAGAAACAUAGCAAAGUUACUCUCAAUGAAUAAUUGGUAAAAAAAAUUGAAUACGGUUAUGUCAACAAAAAAUUUUCAAUGUUACUUUUAUAACCUGAAAAUAACACAUUUCAUCAGCCCAAAAACAAGUUAGAACUAUCAGCUCUAUAGUGGUUCUCCUUUGGCGUGAGAUCCGUCAUUUCCUGAGAAUAGAGCCUCUACACUCUUCAUCAUUGUUCCAGUUCCUUUCGAGAUGUCACGAGCCCGAUAACUCCGCCCAAAACAUGUAUCUUGCUAGUUAUUUCAAUUAUAUUCUUCAAAUAAUUCGUGCACAUAAAAGUUGAUUUAAACAUAUUUAGCACUGGAUAUGCUGAUGGAGUAACAAAAGUAAAACGCUAAGAUCUUAAGUUCACAAAAAAAAACAGUCAAUUAAAACUAAAAAAAAAAGUAUUUUAGUUGGUUUACAGGAUUUUCUUUUAAAAUGCAUUCCUGAGAUAGCCUAUUUAUAUUUCAUAACUACUUCAGAUUGAGAUUUGAUGAAUCUUGAAACUCAAGCACUAAAACUGACAAUAAAGGUACAACUUAUUUUAUAUAGUAUAUAUUUAUAUCUUCAAAUUUAUAAUACCAAAUAUUUUCUUUUUUUUUCAAUAAUCCAUUAUAUAUUGUCCAUUUUAUAGCACUUUAAGGUAAAGGUUUUACAUUUUAUUGUCAAAUUUAUAAAAUCACAUAAUGUAAUCGUUUGCCUGUUUUGUAAUUUUAUAUUGAAAACUUAAAGGUUCUGUGUUGGUCAUUAAUUUUUGUAUGAACUGUUACGAAAUUGAAUAAAUAAUUGUUACUCAUUAAA